AUGCUUCCCCAAACCGAUGUGUCGAGACCAUCUGCGUUGCCGACUGCGAACCUUAUUCCUCGUGCAAACAACCCAGUCCUUGCCAACAACCAAUCGGGUCUCCCUCAGCAAAACUCCAAAGAGUUUUUGACCGCAAUCGAAGAAGAGUGGAAUAGAAAGAUUGAUGUUGAGCUUGAAGCAUUGCUUGAUGGCAUGGUGGACCUCGUUGGUCUUGCCUCGAUUGGCGACAAGGACAAGUUUCGCAUAGCACAAGAGGCUUUCCAGGCCCAGUCACGUGCAGAAUCUAUGGUCCGUGCGGCCAACUCACUCUUGUCCAUCACGCAUUCAAUGAAGCUUCUUCUCCUGCUCUCUGAUGAGGCGCAGAUCACAACGCGUCGCGAUGAAGAAAUAAAAGUCGUUCAGCAAGAGAAAGAGGCUGCUCGCGCCCAAGUCGUUGAAUUGCUCGACCAACUCAUUCAACGACCAGAAUUGGAAUACUGA